GAUUCUUGUUGUUGGCUGUGGUAAUUCAGAACUCAGUGAGCAGCUGUAUGAUGAAGGCCAUCACGAUAUCGUCAGUGUGGACAUUAACGAACGGGUUGUUAAGCAGAUGCAGGAACGCAGCACACAACUGAGGCCCAAAAUGACUUACAUGGUAAUGGAUGUACUGCAAAUGGAUUUCCCUGAUGAGCAUUUCCAGGUGGUGUUUGAUAAAGGCACUCUUGAUGCUCUGCUGACUGAUGAAGAAGAAACCACUCUGAAUAGAGCUGAAAGAAUGUUUGCUGAAAUUGCCCGUGUCUUGCAAUUUGGGGGGCGCUACCUAUGUGUCUCCUUGGCUCAGGCGCACGUAUUGAAGGCAGCCGUGGAAUAUUUCUUUCGGAAAGGUUGGAUGGUUCGAGUACAUCAAGUCCCUGGCCAGAAAACAGAACCUUCAGAACAAGAAUUUGCUUUGCCUGUCUUUGUUUAUGUUAUGACAAAGUUAAGACCAGUCCCUGGCUCAGUUUUAUGCAUUUUGGAGCUCUCUACGGAAGCCCAAGAGAAACCUGCCCGGUUCAAGAACAGCGAGCAUCUAAUUGAUGCAGUGAAGGAGAGGCAACACUAUUCUCUGCUGCAGAAUCAACUCAAUAAGAACUCCAAUGUAGGGACCAUCUCUCUGGAUCUCUGCAGCAAAGACACUGGCCGAGCCCGGUAUACUUUACAUGUAGUGCAUAGCCCAAAGGUGAAAGUGUCACAGGACAAACAAUUUGCCAUCUUUAUCAGUGAGUUAAUGCGUUCCUUAUUCAGCCCAUUAUAUUGGAAAUCAAAUACAACUCAAACAACCCAAGAUUCUAUCUUUAGAUUCUCUUCAUCAAUAGCAAUAGCAGUUAUAUACCGCUUCAUACNGGUGAAAUGA